AUGGUGAACUUUUACUACGACCCCUUUUCGUAUAUCCUUGAUACCGAGUACACAGGUCAGCGCAACAGUUCAAAUGGAACAGGAAUAUUGGAGCAUUCGAGAGUGCAGCCUACAGUAUUCUCAAAUUAUAUUCCAUAUGGAAACUCGUGUCAUCAAAAUGUGCCGUGUCAACAGACUUAUUUUAACUCUUCAAAUGGAUAUGCACAACACAUCAAUUCACAUCAAAAUUAUCAACAUCCUAAUUAUUUUCCUGAUUUACAACCUCUGGCACUCCAUUAUCAACCAUAUCAGCCACAAUUCAAAGCUAGCAGAUUAUUCACUACUGAACAAAUUUUUGCAAUGGAGCAAAAGUUCAAAGUAGACUGCUUUAUUUCUCCCGAAGAGGCAAUAGCUUUUGGAGAAAUGAUAGGUUUGACUAAAAGUCAGAUCCUGAGUUGCACUUAUCAAAAUUCAUACCGACAUCCUCAACACAUCCUGACACAGUUCCCGAGUUCCCAAUCUUCGUUUCCAAAUUAUCAACAACCUCAUUAUCAACCAUAUCAGCCACCGCUGCCAGUUCAGAAGAAGAGGACAGUGUUCACUGUUGAUCAACUCACUUUAUUGGAGGAAGCGUUUCAGAAAAACGACAAAAUCACACCUGAAGAGAUGCGGACAUUGAUGAAACAGACUGGUCUGAGCAAUGCUCAAAUCAGAACGUGGUUCAACAAUCGGAGACAAAGAAAGAAGCAAGAGAAUGGGAGAAAACUGAUAAUUCAGUCAGUAAAGGACAAGUUCAGUUUCUAA